UGCUUGCAUUUUAAAUUUUCUGUGAAUAUGACUUAUUCAACUAUUUAAUUCUUAUUAAUAUUUGUCUUUAGGAGUCAAGUUGAAAAUCACGAUGGCAGUCUUUGGUUAGGGAGGAAAAUGAGUUUCUCAAUAUUCAGGCUAUACAAAACCAACCUUUGGGUUGGGGAGGGUAUGCUCUAAAAUGCAAACUUCAAAACCUAAAACAUAGACUAAAAUCCUGGAGUAGAGAUAUCUGUGGAGAUCUAGGCAGCAAGGUGAAGCAAACUCAGAAUAGGUCACUGCAAGGAAGGCAUAGUAUUUUUUAUAUGUACGGAAGACUUAAUGCCCCACGACACUUUGGGAAUGAUAAUAGAAAUUAUUUGCCAUCAUCUGUGUUUAUGGAACAAACACCUUAUGAAAUCAGUGCUCAUGGCUCUUCAAGAUUACACCCGACAGCACUCUUCAAUAGUAAAAUGAUGAUAAGAUCAAGUUCAGGGUGGGACAAAGAUUUAUAUAAUUGUCAGUCGUAUCAACGUAGUUUCUGCAGUCCUAACCUCACUGGGCACGCGAAGUUUGAUGCUGAGACAGUGGCAAGCAUGGGGAUUUUUGGAGAAAAUGGCUGGGAGUGGAAAUUUUCUUGGAGAAGACAUCUUUUUGAUAGUGAAUUGGGGGAAGCCACAGCUUUUAUCGACCAGACCUCAGCUAUAAGUCCUGUUGCAGACUUGAAGGAUGACUGGGUGUGGGGAGCUCAACCAACGGAAAUGUUCUCUACAAAUUCUGCUUACAACUGUCUCAGAUCUGAGCAGCCUCUCCAUCAGCCAAACAGUGGCUUUAGACAGCUAUGGGAAAUCAAAAUCCCCCCUGCAGCUUUAUCCUUUGCCUGGAGAUUACUCUGGGAUAGGCUUCCUUCUAAGGAUAAUUUAAUCAGUAGACAGAUUGUCCUCCAAAAUGAUCUAUGCCCUUUCUGCCAAAGCCAAGUGGAAUCUGCUUCUCACCUUUUCUUCACUUGUUAUAAAGUUAUGCCAUUAUGGUGGGAAUUCAACUCAUGGGUGAAGGAAGAUAGAGUUUUGCACAGCAAGCCUAUGGACAACUUUCUUCAGCAUUGUUCAUUGGCUGGAUCGAGGAAUUCUAACAGAAGGAGGAAGAUUUGGUGGAUUGCAGCUACCAAAUCCAUUUGGAGCCUUAGAAACGACAUGGUUUUCAACAACCAGUCUUUUGACAUAUCUAAAUUGAUGGACAGAUCUAUUUAUCUCACUUGGUCUUGGUUGAGGGGAUGGGAAAAGGAUUUUACUGUUCCUUUUCACCAAUGGUCCUCUUAUAUGUCUUUGUCAUUCAUUUAAUGUGUCAUUUGUAGGGAUGGGUUUUAUUGAUUUUGGUGGCUGUUGGUUAUUUUUCUGUGUUUUAGGGGAUGCUACCCUUUGUUUUCCUGUAGUACCUCUGGUACUAUGCUUCUUAUAUAUAUAAUAUUAUUUUUGGCUGUUCAAAAAAAAAAAAGAGAAGCAGAGGCUCAUGAGACAGCAAUUAUGCUGGCAAAGGAGAAUGAUGAACUCAAGAUGAAACUUAAAGCCUUGAUUGAGGAUAAUAGUAAACUAAUUGAAUUGUAUGAACAAGCUGCUGCUGAGAACAAUAAUAGAAAUGUUAAUAAAGGGGAGGAUGGUCAAGAAAUUGGUUCCAAGAUUGACAAUG